AAUGGGUCGCUCCGGUGGCCCUAAUGUGACUUCCCGGAUCAGAUCGGGCUACUUGCAUCGGUCUGGGGGGUUACAGGAAGCCCUUACCUUUAUACCAGAAGGCUUUGUGUGGUCUGACUGCUGGUGCUAUUGGGGCUGUGUUGGCAGUCCAGCUGAUUUGGCACUUAUCCGUAUGCAGGCUGAUGCCACUUUGCCUGCUGCUCAGCGCCGAAAUUACUCCAAUGCAUUCCAUACUCUCUAUCGUAUUGUUGGGGUUUUGGCACUUUGGAAAGGUGCAGGCCCUACGGUAGUCAGAGCCAUGGCAUUGAACAUGGGAAUGCUUGCCUCAUACGAUCAAAGUGUCGAGUUUUUCAAGGAUAACCUUGGCUUAGGAGAAGCUGCUACUGUGGUCGGUGCAAGUACCAUUUCGGGUUUCUUUGCCUCAGCUUGCAGUUUGCCUUUUGAUUACGUGAAAACACAAAUCCAGAAAAUGCAACCUGAUGCCACGGGCAAGUAUCCAUACACUGGCUCUUUGGACUGUGCUAUGAAAACCCUCAAGGCUGGAGGACCAUUCAAAUUUUACACAGGAUUCCCCGUGUAUUGCGUUAGAAUUGCUCCCCAUGUCAUGAUGACUUGGAUAUUCCUCAACCAGAUUCAGAAGGUUGAGAAGAAAAUAGGGUUGUAGAGUGUUCUCGUGUGUUGGUGACGGAGGAGUAACGAUGGAGUAGGUUGAUUGCCAAUUAUACAAAUUUGUAGGGUGUGAUUGAAAACAGGAGUUUUAGGAGUUAUGAUUUUAAAGCUCACAAGGAACUUUAUACUUCUGAUUUAAGAAUAAGUGUACCUUAAGAU